GUGCUGUCGGCUCGGCGGGCGGUGCCCGGACGCAGGUGCCCGCCGGAGCCGGAGCAAGCCGCUGCUGACGGGCCGGGCCGGGCCGGGACCCGGGCCAGGGAGAACCGAGGGGCCUGCGCGGCCGCCCGGCCCGGCCGCAGAACAGGCUCCUGGGACCAUGGGCCUCAGGCCCUGAGGACAGGAGGCUCCCUGUGGCCAUGACGACAGGUGACUGUUGCCACCUCCCUGGCUCCCUGUGUGACUGCUCUAGCAGCCCUGCCUUUUCCAAGGUUGUGGAGGCCACAGGGCUUGGACCACCUCAGUAUGUAGCUCAAGUGACUUCAAGGGAUGGCCGGCUGCUCUCAACUGUCAUCCGGGCUUUGGAUACACCGAGUGACUGUCCCUUCUGCCGAAUCUGCCAUGAGGGAGCAAAUGGGGAGAACUUGCUGUCCCCAUGUGGCUGUACUGGCACCCUGGGAGCUGUGCACAAGAGCUGCCUGGAGAAAUGGCUGUCUUCCUCCAACACCAGCUACUGUGAGCUGUGUCACACUGAGUUUGCAGUGGAAAAGAGGCCCCGACCUCUCACAGAGUGGCUGAAGGACCCAGGGCCGCGCACCGAGAAGCGGACACUGUGCUGUGACAUGGUGUGCUUUGUGUUUAUCACACCACUGGCCGCCAUCUCAGGCUGGCUGUGCCUGCGAGGGGCCCAGGACCACCUCCGUCUGCAUAGCCGGCUGGAGGCUGUAGGGCUCAUUGCCCUCACCAUCGCCCUCUUCACCAUCUAUGUGCUCUGGACACUGGGUGGAGGCCUGUCUCUACCUUCCCACCCACUGCAGGACUGCCCCCGCAGGUCUCUUUCCGAUACCAUUGCCAGCUGUACUCGGAAUGGAGGAAGACCAAUCAGAAAGUCCGCCUGAAGAUCCGGGAAGCAGAUGGCUCCGAGGACCCUCACCACUCCUUGCUGGCUACUGGACUUUUAAAAAAGGUGGCAGAGGAGACCCCUGUGUGAAGGCCUGGCUGGCAGGACUCUGAGGUAGUGGACAGACCCGAGUCAGAUGGCAGUGCACGGCAUUUGGAAAGAUGGAGUCUGCCUGACUUUUCAUGCACAGCUAUGAUGCUUCUCAGGCCAAUAGCCACAGCAGACAGAGCCUGCUCUGUGACCCUGUGUGAACAUAUUUUUAAGGGUUUUGUUUUGCACAUUAUUGUAUAUGGCAAGCACAGAUGGACAGAUUUGAGCUUUGGAUGGAGUAGGCACCCCUGUCUCAUUCUGAGAUCUGUUUGACACCUUUUGGACAGCAGCUUUAGCUGCUGGUGUCAAGGGUGCGUGCCCAUUGGGCUGGAAGGUUCCAGCAAGCUUCUUGCAUUACUCUGCACCUAGCUGGCUUGCUUUACUGGCACUCUUGACUUAUAAACUUAUAAAGUUGCACUGCAUUUCAAAAACCUACCCCUGAAUGAAUAAAAGGAGCCCUUGUUGGCUAAUAUGGACUCAUCAGUUAUGUUUCUAAACUACUCCAAGUAAAUGAUUCUAUGGGGGCAAAAAGUAUAAAAUGCUUGGCUUGUUUUAAGGGAUCUGCCAUGAAGCUGUUUUCUUUUCUUAUUUUUAUGAUAAAGGAACUUCAAUGGAGGUACAGAGAUGGCUUGGUGGUUUAGAACACUGGCUGCUCUUGAAAAGGACUGGGGUUUAAUUCCUAGUACUCCUGUGGCAGCUUGUAACUGUCUCUAACUCCAGUUUCAGGGGAUCCAGUGCCUUCUUUUGACUCCCACAGACAUUUCUCACAUAUGGGACAUAUACACAAACGCAGGCAAAAUACCGAUACACAUAAAAUACAUUUUUUUUUUAAAAAAAGGUAACUUAAGGGAGAAAACAUUUGGUUUUAGCUCACACCUCUAGGUACAGUCCCUCAUGGUGAGGAAAUGAAGGCACAAUUAAGUUGGGUAUUUCUAUAGCAAUCAGUACAAUCAAGAUGAUCCCCACAGUCAUGCCCAGAGAGUCUCCUCACAGGGGACUCGAGAUCUGUCAAGUUGACAGUCAUGGAAGCCUAAAGAAAAAGUAAAGUCAGAGGUUUUGUU